UUGUAUUAUUUUUAGUAUCAAAAAAAGUUCGAACUUCAUAUUUCCUGAUUCCUGCAGUCCAGUUUAGUUAUGUCUCUCCUCCUCAUAUCAACUUUGUUUCUAAUUUUUUCACUCUCAUCAAUAUGUAAUUCUGAUGAGAAAAAUUGGCUUGAUCGAUGUGACAUCAAUAGAAUGAAAGAAAUGCCUCCUGAAAUACCCUCUGCUACUUCCAUUCCUUAUACAACAACAACAAAGAAGAAGGGCUUACCAUGGUUGAGUAAAAAGAAAGGUUUCCGUUUUAGACCAAUGGCUAAUGAGAAAGAUAUACUUGGAAUAUUAAGAGAAAAGCUUUUAGAAGAUUCGAAUUCAAGAGUUAGGGAGGAGGAGAACUCUGCAGAACUGGAAGCUCGGUAUUGGCGAUGGUUCACUUCUUAUGAAUCUUAUAAGGACUAUAUUGAAACAUUGGGAGUAUAAAAGAAUUAUGUCUUUUAUAUUUUCUUUAAGUUCUGCUAUCGAAACAACACUAUGUACAUACAAAUUAUAUUGAAUAUAAAUAAUUUUGAAAUGUUUUGGAACAGUAGGUAUCAUGCUUUUGCAAUGUUUAAUGAACCUCAUAAUCCUUAUUAUAAUAAUCACCACAAAUAAAAAGUACUGUCACAUAUGAGGUUUCAUCGAUGUGCGAAAUUCAGUCCAAAAACAAAUAAUUUAAACUUCAAUAUGUUCUUUAUAUUCUGCUAUUGACAAACAACACUUUAUAUAUCAUGAUUAUAAUGAAUAUUAAAAUUGUUUAAUACA